AUACUGCUUUGCCCUUAUCCCAAAUUGUCUGUAUGUCUGUGAAACAGUUCUGCCAGAUUUAUUUGAUUAGGAGGUUAUGUAAUGUAAAGUGCGUUCACAAGCACUGUAGUCAAAUCCGGUUAGACUCCGCCUCCUGGGAAGCUUAUAUAAAUACGCAGGUUCACUCUGCUUCAUUUGUGAAGGCAAGUUGCACACACAGAGGGAGAAAGAAAGCUCACUUUGUACCUGCGUGGAUGACUGCUUGAAAACCGAACAAGUACCAUCGCCUGCGUGUGCACUGCACAGAACAAAAACAGCAACGUCUAAAUAUGCCUUUUCCACCGAUCAAUCUGCAUCAACGCAUGACUUCUCCGGGAAAGGAGCUUUUUAAGAAAAUGAAAUCCAACAUAACCCCUCUUCACUCUUUUCAAACCAAAGCUCAGGAGGAGGAGAACACUACAGAAAAGCAAAGCUUUGCAAGCUCCAUCAAACAGCUGGGGCGCAAACCUCAACCGAGAAGCAAUCUGACACUUGCCCAAAGAGGUGGCUCCAAUCUGGCAUUGAAAGCGCCGAAGAGCUACCGGCUCGCUCUGGCGGAGAAGCUGUCGAAUUCCUUUGACAGCAUGCCUGCUUCCGGCGGGUCUGCUGGUACUCUGAAGGGCAGCAAUGCUUCCUCUCAGGAAGACGCCGGCGAAGUCAUACGUUUCUCCCUUAGUCUGACUCCUGAAGCCAUUCUUGUCAUCCAGAAGCGUAAUUUGGAAAAGCAGCUGUUGGCAAGCCAGCAGAAAAGCACCUGCCCUUCGGGUUUCAGACACAAGCGGAUCUUUCCGGGCAAAAUAAAGCAAGUUUUAAAAAGCAGCUCCGUCGCCAAAUCGUGUAACCCCGAUGACAUAAAGACCAUUGUAAAAAUCUCUUUGCUGAAUGAUCGGUAUAAAUACGACGACGUGGAGUACGAGGAGGAGGACAGUGAUGUGGAUGAAACCGUGAUGUGGAAAUGCAGAGAGUGGCUUGAAGGAGUGGAAAGCGCCGCUGCCUUAGAAAAAAUGGACAAGCUGGCGACAUUGCCUCAUCUGAGUACCUGCUAGCAACCAGCUGGCUUCCAAGACAUUUUUAAUUUCCACCACGCAAACAAAACUGUGUGUGCUCUUGGAAGAAUCCACUCUGGAAACACAUUUUCCUGUAACAGAUCCCAAUGGUUCUUUGAACAAAAUAACAAAAAGACAAAGAAGACAUGGAAUAAAACGGCUUUGAUGAGCAUCCUGCCAGCAUUCCCGUUCAGUGUGGAAUCCCUGGCAGUGACUGUGUAACACGGAACAUUGUACAAAAUGCACAUAUAUAACGUUGUAUGUAAAUUCAAGUUUUAAGUGAUGUACAUAUUAUUUAUUAUGAAAUACAAGAAUGUUUUCAUAAGUUGUGCCUUUGCGAUUUUACGCUGUUUUGUAAAGUGUAGUUUAUACGGAAUAAAAUUAUUUAAAAUCUA